CUCAUCCGGUUAUCCCACUGCUACAUACAGUAUACAUUGGAUUUCGAAACUGCCCAUGAACGGUGAUGGUAUCGGCAACAAUGAAGAACGGGUUCAGAAGGACCAGAACUUUCUACUAGCUCUCUGUCAGAUAGAACGAUUAAGGUCAUCCUUUCCCGAUGCUUUGUUUCUCAUAAUCGAAAUGAACCUCGAAACAGCAAAUGCUUUUCCUGAUGCUUUCACAGUUGGUGACUAUGUACUGAAAUCAAAACUGGGAGGGAGUUCACUCUCCUCAGUUUGGAAAGCGGAGCACAGAGUAACCGGUGAAGAAGUGGCAGUGAAGCAAGUUGAUCUCUCUAAACUCAACAAACACUUGAAGAACUGUUUAGAUUGUGAGCUUCAUUUCUUGUCCUCUGUCAAUCACCCCAAUAUCAUUCGCCUCUUCGACGUGUUCCAGGUGGAGAGUUGUAUAUUUCUGGUUUUGGAGUUCUGCAAUGGAGGAAAUCUAGCCUCUUAUAUUCGACUGCAUGGGAGAGUUCAAGAGGAAAUUGCUAGAAGAUUCAUGCAACAGCUAGGGGCUGGUCUGGAAAUUCUACAAAGCCACCAUAUUAUGCAUAGAGACUUAAAGCCAGAUAACGUUCUACUAUCUGGACAGGAGGCUGAUAUGAUUCUCAAGAUAGCUGAUUUUGGUUUAUCAAGAAGUGUGCAACCAGGCAAGUAUGCUGAGACGGUAUGUGGUUCUCCCUUAUACAUGGCUCCAGAAGUUCUUGAAUUCCAAGGAUAUGAUGAUAAGGUUGACAUGUGGAGUGUUGGGGCAAUUCUUUUUGAGCUUCUUAACGGCUUCCCACCUUUUCGUGGUAGAACUAAUUUUCAGUUGCUGCAGAACAUCAAGUCAUCUACGUGCAUUCCAUUCUCUGAAUUCAUCCUCCCAGGGUUACAUCCAGACUGUAUUGAUAUGUGUUCCAGGCUACUGUCUAUAAAUCCAGCAAAUCGUCUGUCCUUUGAUGAGUUCUAUCAUCACAAGUUCCUGAGAGGAAAAGGACCAAGCAAGUUCUACGGCAAAUAGAUUCAUAACCUGCUUCAAUUCUUCAGCUCUGAAUUCUGCUCUGCUCCUCUUUAUGAUGCCAGGAAAUCUCAAACAUAACCGAGUUAUGUGAGAUAUCGCAUUGUGCUUCCCCUUUCAGUAUCUGCCCAGAUCAGAGUUAUUCAACAUUAUCACAGGGAAUGAGUUAUUGUUAAUCUGGUAGACUGGUACAAUGCCAAGUCGUUUCGGCAACAAGGAUAGAAUUUUGAGCGGCUGUGCAGUUCAGUUUAAUGUUGUGCAGCAGAUCCCUGAUGUUCAGUAUAGCUGAGAAUAUAUAGGAAAGAACAAGAAAGUAAGAGAAAGAAGCAGGGAAGAGACAGAUUGAAGAGAAAGGAUAGAAUUUAGAGAGACGAGAUUGAGAAUUUCUUUGAUAAUAUUCUAAAAUAGUUUCUAUAGUUACAAUAGCUGCUAUUUGUGCAGCUUUAGAUCUCCCUAGAACUGUUGACGCCCCGCUUUUAACCCCAGAACAUUAGUUCUUCUAACCGCCUGCUACUACGUACAGUCCAAGCUGCCUAUCUUAUUUCCUUCUACGGUCAAUCUCAGCUCUACUUCUCCUAUGGUAUGUAAUAUUUAACUUGCUAUAGCCAUGAUUUAAUGUUUCAACAUUUGCAAUUAGCUUGGC